AUAACAUUAUGUUCUGCAUUUUCGUAAUUUUUUAUUUAACCAAUGGCCGCCUUUUGGAGUAGGUAGUAAUUAUGUUUCUAAUUUCAAAUUCAAUAUAUUUUCUGGUAGAAAAUAUGUAGAUCUAGUUUAUAGUUAUAGUACUUAGAGCAGCGUUUCUCAAACUGUGGGUCGUCGGUCAAUUAUCGCGGUGAGUCGCGAACAAUUUUUUAAAUUAUACAGAUUCCAAGAAAUAAUCGAUUGCUUUUGCUAUGUUAAUUGCUCAUUAAAAUGUUAAAUUUGACCAUGAAAAAGUACUUAGUAAACUAACAAUAGCUGCGCAAAAUAAAUGAGUGGUGAGUGGUGUACUGGUCUGUCGGUGAGUAGCGACAGGAGAGGGUGACAGCGUUUGCGGGACACGGUGAAAACAUUGAAAACCGAUGGUAUACGGCAUUAAGCACAAAAUUAUAUCAAUAUGACCGAUCCUCAUAGUUCAAAUACAAACGUUUAUCAAGGUGGUGGUCAUUUUGAAUUUUCUUCCGAAAAAAAUUGGGGUGUAGAACAAGAAGAUUGUAGAAUAUUUGAUUCUAUUGAUAUGAAACAUUUAGCUACUAGUAUAGCUAGUAUACCAUUUAAUAUACAACAUGACAUACCUGUCGAACUAUUUACUGCGGAGCAAUUGGAAGAAUUUGAAGUAGAAUCAUCUCUUGCUUUGAGCCGACAUACAUCACUAUGCAAUUCAAAAUUAUUAAGUAUUAAAAAUGUCUUGCAAACUUCCACUGAGAGUAAUAAUCAAGCAUCCACAGACACAAAUAAGUUGUUCUUAAAUAAUUAUUCAAAUUCAGAAGUUGAAAAUGUUCCAUUUGGUUGUGAAAUUCAAUCUAAUAUAGAACUAGAGAAUAUAUUAGGAAAUAGGAAACCUUUAUUUAAUAUACUACAAGAUGAAAUAAAUACAGUUACUAGUAUAAAUAAUAGUGAAGCUGACUCAAUCAUAGUUGAAAAUCAAAAACUACCCAAUAAAGAUGAUAAUAAAAUCGAAAUAAUGAAUCAAAAUUCAGGUCAUUGGCUUGAUUCAAUGUUCGAUAGUGAUGAAUAAAAAUUUAAACUGUAUUUUUCAAUCAUUAAUAUAUUUUAAAUAUUUAAUUC